UCUGAGGCCAGCGAAAUAAUCUCUUCCGAUAUUACUACGGUCGUCAACCAGACCAGAGUCGUCAACAACUAUCCAGUUACAGACAUGCAGAUCAGUGGUCGUCAUGGUAAACAAAUAUGGCGUUUUGAAAUGACAGGAAAAAAUAGAAUUGUUGAAGAAAAUGAAUGAAAACUUUGUUAAAAUAACUUUAAACACAGUAAUAUAGUCGAAAAGUGCUAUGUUUAUGUACUAUUCUUUAUUUCCAAACGAAAUUACGAGCAGAAAAGUGUAAAAUUAGCAAGAAAUAUUAAACAACAAAUUAUGGCACAUUUGCUUGGCAGUCAAAAUUGUCUGGAAAGUUUGGCUAUAGAUAUUGGCGAUGUUCAUGAAACGAUUACACAUAUUUUUGGUCGUGUCGGUCCAGUGAGGUUCCCGUCUUGGAAAUAUCCUGAUAAAGCAUCUUGUGAUUUGGACAUAAAUAAACUUUUAACGAGAUAUUGUUAUUCAAAAGAUGAUGAUCAUUCCAAGUUGUCGCAUAUUAUUCUGUUUGAGUUGCUUAUUGAUAGGUAUUGAAACGUUAUUAUUGACGCAAGGCUGGUUAUCCAGUAAAGAGGGGAAUAAUGAGGGUGUAAAGUACCAUAUGAUUACACACACAAAAGUUUCACAUCUUGUAGCAAGUUAAUUAGCUGCCUGAACAAGCUGUCAACAAGUUGUGUUAAAACUGCUUGUGUUAAAACUGCUUGACAACAAGUAUGGAACAACUUGUUAACAGUUGUAACAAUCUUGUUGAUAUUACAAUCAAUGAUAUAACAAUAUUGUUUCAACCUUGUGUCAUCAACCUUGUAACAUUCUUGUUAGGCACUUAGGCCAAUGAAAAUUGAUAUCAUGUUUCUUGUCCACAAGAUUUUUUCAUUUUUCAUUACUUUUUGUAUUUGAAUUCUGAUUGUCAAUAAUUUCCUUCCUUGACCCAGUAAAAAAACGCCAUAAAAAUCUGAAGUAAAUCGGUGUAUAAUUCAUUUUAAUUUAAUACGUCCUACACUACAGUAUAUAAUUUCUACACAUAAAUUAUCAUUAUAAAACAUGAAUAUGCAUGAUUUAUCUUUUCAAAAAAGCAGUAAAACCACGCGAACAGAUUAUUUUGCAACACAGGAAAUCGGAAGCAAACCGGAAGAGAAUGAUCACGUGUCAAGAUCAUCCUCGUUCCCAGGGCUGACAUGAAAAAUAGAGGCAUUCUGGCGAGUAAUAUCUUUAGAAAGAUACAAUUUGAGUUGCGCUUGCGGAAUGCAGCAAUAAGACUUUGAUCUGGAGAUCAAUUUGGUGUUUUGUCAAGCCUAUUUUUCAAAAAUAAUGAAUAAUGAAAAAUUUUCGUGAGGCAGAUAAAUCCCAUGUGGGCGGGGAUGAGAAACAUGAUAUCAAUUUUCAUUGGCCUUAUAUCACAGAUGGGUAGGGGACAGAUAAUAAAGUUUGUUUAGUGCUAAAAAUCAGUAUGUUUUUGUAGCCAUUCUCAAAGCUUCUGGUUACGUUUCCUUGCACAAAAAUGGGCCAUUUUAGAAAACAUCCACACACGUCCCCCACUGGGGAAAUUGACCUCCCUCUCCCUUUUUACUAUUACCGGAAGGUAGAUUGUUCCCACUCCAGCAGAAAUUUCCUCUGCAGGGGGGAGGAUGUGGAUCUUUGUAUCAUUAUUUUACUCUGCCUAAUGCCAGAUAAUUUUACUUGCCAUGGGGAAAACACCGGCACUCUUGUCCUGUCGGUUGACCACCAUCUGCUGCACGGUAGUGCUUAUUUGGUGAAACCUACUAAUUGUUUUGACAAACUUUCCAACCAAAGUUCUACAACAUAGGUUGGUACUCCUCAUGCAAGCGUUAUCAUCAUUCUGUAACCAUCUCUUGAGUACAACAGAAAGUAAUCGUCCAGGUACGGCCAAGUCAGUUGGCUCGGCAAUGUCCGUUGGUUUGGUUGUGAAGAAAUUUUGGAACAAGAUGGCGCAUCUUUAUCACAUUGUUCAACGUGAAUUAACUGAGGUAUAUGUUAAUUGUAGAGAUAUAAAAUUAUCUGUUCAUAUUCUAUUCUAUUAACUGCUGGAAUUUAUUUUAACAACCAGUCUUGACAAAAUGAGCUUACAGUAUGAAGCCCAGUAAGUUGAAUUGCAUCUUUUUGUUUUCCAUUUCUUUAUUUCCAUGUUUUCCAUUUCUUUAUUUCCAUGUUUUCCAUUUCUUUAUUUCCAUGUUUUCCAUUUCUUUAUUUCCAUGUUUUCAAUGCUGCCACAAUGCAGCUGACUGCAAGCACUUCUAUCUUGUUCAUGCAGAGAUUCCUGCGAGUCACUCAGGGGUGUAGCCAUGCGCCCCUUGUCCAGUUGUCCGGGGGCAUUGUCCCUCGGAAAAUGCAUUUAUGGAUUUAGUAUGUUUAUACCAUAUUAUAGAUGAAAACAUUAAAGGCCCAUUUCCACUCGAGAAAAUUUUGCACGAACAGAAAAUUUUCGAAAAUAUAUUUGUUAAAAGUUGAAAAUUUUCAACUUCAAGAUUUUUUUCUGACGAGAAAUUUGUGACAGGAAAUAUUUGCCAAUCACAUUUUACAAAUUUUUCUUUCUGCGGAACUUUUCUUUUUCAAACUUUUCUUUCCCUCCGAGUUUCUCCUCAGUUUUGAAAAAAAUUACAAAAUUGAUCCUGAAGAAAAGUGGGGGUCUGGAUCCCCCGUCCCUGCCCCCGGUCAGGCCGGUGGCUAUGCCAGAGUCACUUCAUGCAGAGAUUGAUAAAUCGUUUUACAUCUUUACCUUUUGCUACCUUUUCUUGCAGUCCAGCAGUAAAGAUAAGAAAUUGAGAAGUUUAGAAAAUACUGUUUCUGACAUGAGACAAGAAAUCAAUAUGCUUCAAGAGCUAGUCAAAAAGACCCCGUCCCAAAGCAGCCCGGUCAAAGGUGAAAUAAAGAACCAAUCAAAGACCAAAACGUCUGCAAAAUUCAUCCUAUCUCAUACGAUGGACAUGAACUUAGAAAGUCCUAGUCAAGCUGAGGACCUCACUUUGGCAGUCGAGGAGGUAGCUUUGACUAAAACAUGCAAAGACAUGCCCACGCAAACCUAUGACACUGCAUUUGUGCCUUGUGAAGCUUGUAGCCGCACCCAGGAAAACCUUAUUGCCGUUGGGCAAAUGGUUAUGAAAGUUUGUGAGAGUCAAGGACUGCCUUCCAGCUUGGCAAAGCAAAAACGCUUACUGAAACAGUCACUACUCGCCGCUGCCGAUGUUUCCCGAUGGGCGGCCGAGCAGAACCGAGAUCUCUCGAGAAUUAACGAGCAUUUAGAUAAUCUCUACGCACAAAUCAACCCGCUUCAGGAGAAGUUGAAUAAAUCCCGGGAGAGGCGGAAAGCACUCGAGGAACGGGUGAAAAGCCUCGAGGAAACUGUGGAGACAGAACGCCAAGAAUCACAAAGGAUUUCCAAGGAGUUGUCCGAGAAAUUGUCGGCUGUUACUCAAGAGAUGAAACGUUUACAGGAAGACUCGAAUGCAGAGAUAUGGGACUUGAAGAAAGGAAAGGAAUUCUUGGAAAUUCGGAUGGAAAGAAGUGAGCUGGAGCUUAAAGAUUCUGUAGCAAGCAAAAGUAAACUUGGUAAGAUUUCUUGGAAUUGUAUUAAUUAAGGCUUUGAAGAGGACAUUUUUUAUUGGUCUUAUUUCUACUAUAGAUGGACAAUCCGUUGUCAGACGAACUAUCGAGAUCAGCGUGAUCUGUACUCACAAUGGUUCUGAAAACAAAUCAUGUCUGAUAUUUUCAUGAUUUUCCGUCAAGACGAACUAGUUAGAAAUAGCAUAUGAGUCCAAUUAGAAUCGUAACUUCUGUCCGAAAUUCAGUGGAUUCCAGUUUAGUUUAGUUUUGUUAAUGAGAUUUGUCACAAAUAAAAAUAGAAAGCAUCAGUGCAAAUAAAAACUGAGUGACAGAAGAGCAAAACAGGACUAACGUCCCAAUAGGCAAUUCCAGCUUUUAGUUUAUGCGUGCAGGGGACGAUGGGAAGUAAGGUAUCACAUUGCUGAUUAUGCUGAAAAAAUAGAAAUGGUGGACGUGUAAACACGGAGUGGUAGCUUGUACUUGUAAAUAUUGAAAUAUUUUGGUUGUUUCGGUAGUUUUUAUUGAAAAUUUUCAGCAUAAUCAGCACUAUGAUACCUUACUUCCCAUCAUCCCCAGCAGGCAUAAAGUAAAAGCUGGAAUUGCCUAUUGACAAUUCUCCCCCUUUAUAUACUACAAAAUAUAAAAUACUUUGUGACCACACAAGAGUAAUUAUUACGGUGGGCAAUACAAAGCUAGCUUAUUUCUGUAAUGAUGAUGAAGGAGGUUUUUGAAUUCGUUGAUGUCGUAUUUCUACAUAAUUUAUGCACAAAGAUGGAGCAUCCGUCAAAGACGGACUUGAUCCGUCAAGACAAACUAUCCAACAAGCUCUCUUUUCUGACGCACUUUAGAGUCGCAAUGUUCGCAGUUGAAGUCAGAUCUUGAUAAAGAACGAACAGAAACGUCAAAAGUGGCGAAGAUGAAUGAAGAUCUGAGCGAGACGAAACAGGUCUUGAAAGACAUGCAGAGGAAACUGGAGAAAACAACAUUGGAACUCGGCAAGAUGGAAGCGAAGAAUAGAACACUUUCCCAACAUGAUCAAGUGAGCUGGAAUUAGGAUACUGUCCCUGAUGAACACUCGCGGAUAAAAACAUUGUCUGUGAUCACGUGAACGUUCGUGUUUGUUCACGCUGAUUGCUGAACUAAUUAAAAAUUUGUUCCAAAGUUUCACGUUCAAUGUUUGAGCAUAGACAAUGUUUUUAUCUGCGCCUGUUCACCCGUCGAUGAACUCGUCGAUGAAAACGGCGGUAUUAGCUUGAUACCGUGAGCUCUCUUUGUACAUAGGCGUACGAGACCCCCGGCAGGGGGGUGGGCAACUGCCCAAAAAACUUUAGAAAACCAUGGAAAUUCGGCAAAUAUACCAGAGUAUAUGUUAAAUUCAGGUUAUUUCAUUACAAUCCUCCAUAAAAAUCUGGGCAAACUUUCAGCCCCGUACACCUAUGUGUCUAUAUAUAUCUGGACUAAGAACUUCAGUCAUUUGGCCAUUGUUGUUUAUUCCCAAGGUUCUUCAAAGUAAACACGACUCGUUACUUCAGCGUAUUGAUGAGCUGGACCAAGAAUGUGAGGAACUCCGAGAGAAGGUGAUGGAUAUUGAGGGUGAGAGAGAUGAAUUGAGGGAUAUCUUGGAUGAAACGAAGAUACAAAGUGAGAGUCUUAGCAAAGAACUUGCUGAAAAACAGGUAGCGUUUGACUUCUGUAAUAUACAGUUGUCUGAUUAUAAUUUCACCUCAGUCACAUGUGAGAAGAAUGCUUCCAAUUUGACUCUACCAAACCCCGCAGGUUUCCACUCUCCAUAUCCUCUGGUUUCCUCCUACAGUCAGUAACAAUGGAUCCGGGGGGCGCAACUUGACUGUACGUAAAGCCUGGUUCGCAUAUGCCUGCGGCAGCCUAGACCUAGGCCUAAACUCGGCUGGUGAUUAUCGCAAUGGUCAUUUGCCUCGUAAAGGCCUAGUAGAUUUCACAAGUUCUCAAAUUAGCCCCGUAACUUUGUGAUCCGAAAUUGAUCAGAAACCAACAACUAAAGCAAUUUAUACUGUCCAGUAGUUAUUACAUUAACUAUAAAAACAUUUUAUGACUAAACUAAGCUCUAUUUUGUAGCAAUAUUUUGACUCAUUUUGACCUUUCGCAACAUAAUAAUAGUGUAGCUUCAAAUUUUAUGAUAAAAACCCCGAUUUUCUAGGCGUGUAUUCAAAUAAAAAUAGUACGUUUAUACUAUAAAUGAGUUUAUUUUACCUGUAUCGGUUUAAAUUCGCUGACAAGUUGCAAAUAAUUCUGUUUGAGAACGCACUAAUUGGGCAUUUCGCAACCAGGGCAGUUUUAGGGCAGUUUUGGCCUUGUUGUUGGGAAAUCCACUAGGCCUUUUAUUUUUUCACUUGCGUCAUCCUCCGCCCCGCCCCCAAAUCACCUAGUCCCAGUCUUUUCAUGUGAAAAAGCGCUGUAUAUUAAAAAAAAUAAUAAAAAUAGAAGGUCUAGGCUGUGCCUGCGGUAUGUCUGCGACUGUAGCAUUAUGCCUCUACUUGGCGCCGAAAUACCGGCAAAGUUGAACUCAAGUCAACGUUCCCGGCCUACCGCCGACGAAACUGUGGCACUGGAGGCAAUCGGCGAACAAAUGUUCACAUAAUUUACGUUUUAAAGCUACCACCGGCAUCGUUGCCGGUACGUCGCAGGCAUAUAUAUGAACCAGGCUUAUUAGAGAGGUGUGAGUUCUUCUUGCCCGACAAAAGGGCGUGGUCACCAAUCAAUCGGCCAUGAAAUUUGUGAACUUUUCUAUCUUUACCUCAGAUGACUUCAACUGCUUCGCCCGACAUACAGCCCAACACUAGGAAAAAUUUGCCCGAGUAUCAUUACCAUUUUUAAACUUGGGAGGGGGGCGGGGGUUGUCACACACACCCAACAGUUGCGCCACUGAAUGGAUCAAUUACCCCAAUAUUCUCGUCUCAUUUCUAUCGUAUAUAACACACUCAGUGCACUCACUUCAUUUCCUCCAUGGCAAUGUCUAGGGUCAGGUGGACAGUAUCAACGCAGACCGGAGUAAGUUAUCUGAAGCGAUUCAAAGAUUACAAACGGACGUUCAACGAUUGCAACACGACCUUCAAGUCAGUGAAGAAAAGAUGCAAAUGAUUGUGCAAUAUCCUGAUGAUAAAAACAGUUUGGGUGGCGAGGGUGAGUGAUAUACUGAGGUGUACAGCAGGUAGCAUCCUUAUCCACUCGCCAGCAACCCCUCCCCCUUCUGGAUUCUCGCGAUAUUAUUAUAUUACUAUUUUGUAAAAUUUCACAAGUAGAAAUUCAAUAUUACUAAAUUAUAAUGCGAAUUACAAUUAAAAAUGAAGAAUAUAAAUCCUAUACUCUAUUUACAAGAAUAUACUCAUAUUUCAACCCAAGAGCUAAUAAUUAAACUUUAUUAUAUUGUUCGAUUCCAUAGGCAGUUGCACUGUUUUUAAAACGUUGUGUCCGACAGUUAAAAUUAUAAAACGUUUCUCCAUUUAAUCUUGUUUCUCUAUUCCUAAUUUCACAAACUUUGGGUGGCAACAAAUAAUAUUUAUAACCAGGCUGAAGUAAUGAAUUAAUGAGCUUAAUACACAUAUCUUCUCUACGACCUUCUAGAGUUUUAAGAUUACAUUCCACCAUGCAAAGCCUCUUCAUAUGAGUCCAUGGGGUUUCACCUCAGUCACAUGUGAGAAGAGUGCUUCCAGUUUGACUCUACCGAAGACCUUCCCCAUUACUCCUGUUUUCUCAUGUAGUAACACUGCAUAAAAAUGGAUGACCCGGCUGAACGGAACGGUUUGGAACUGAUAGAACUAUCCAGUAUUAAUCUAUUCUUUGUUUUGUUUACGGCAGCCCUGGACAAUCCUUUGGCAAUAUCUCGUGAGAUGGAAAAACAAAUAACAUCGAAUAACAUUCGUAUCGCCAUGUUGGAGGCUCAGAACAAGAAGUUGAGACAUUCUAUUGAGAAACUGAGUGACAUCCAGGAGGAUUCGAAACCUCUCAGACAGGUUUGAUUCCUGGAAUAUGCAGUUGUCUGAUAAUUUCACCUCAUGUUUCCAUAUAUGUUUCCAUGCUGAAACUCCAGGGGCAACAGCGCAGAAACUGAUAGAGCUAUCCAAUAUAAAUAAAGUUAGUUUAGUUUUGGUUUCCUCCUGUAGUAACACUGGAUCAAUAAGAGAUGAUCCUUACUGGAUCUCUAGGAAGAACAGUUUAGAACUGAUAGAGCUAUCCAGUAUAAAUAAAGUUAGUUUCGUUUAGGUUUCCUCCUGUAGUAACACUGGAUCAAUAAGAGAUGAUCCUUACUGGAUCUCUAGGAAGAACAGUUUAGAACUGAUAGAGCUAUCCAGUAUAAAUAAAGUUAGCUUGAUAUUUUCAUCAAUGUAUUUCUCUUUCAAAGAUGGAAGAGCCGGUUUUACUCUGGAACUCGCGGAGUGAUUCUGCGAAAAGUAGAAAGAAAAACUCAAAUAGCUCUGGCCGUUCCGCGCUUACCAGGUAUGUUGUUUAACAAAUAUUGAAUGUAGUCGAACAUUUAGCGCUUAGUGGUAGCCAUCUAUCAUAUCUCAAUGCCUGUAAUAUCAAUUAAUCCUAGAACCCAGUCCGAUACUGAAAGUCGCGGACACCGCACCUCUGGAACAACUGACGAAUUCCGACAAACGUCCGAGAACUACCGACCACGUCCGCCUUCGGGUUCAAAAUUGGAACAUCAGAAUAGCUUUCAAAACAGUCGUGAAAAAGUGUUUGAGAAACGGCAGGCCAGAGCUUUGAGCGCGAAACUUGCAAACAGUGGUAAGAAUGCGGCUAGCUUAAUGCGAACUGAUUCUUGGGGUCUGGACGCCGAUAUUACGGCACGCGACGAUGUUAGUACGACAAAUUACGAACCUGUGAAUACGUUUAUCUGUGGUGGGUGUGAUAAGAUGUACACGACGCGCAACGAUCUGGAUAUACAUAAAGCAUUUUGUUAUGAUUUAAAGACGUAACAGGGUGUUUUAUACCUCAAGGUAUUUGAAGUCAGCUUGUAUUAAGGCUGGACUUCACUGGACCUGUGACCGUCACAUCAAUUUGACAGGCAGUGUACCUGGUAUCUCUAUGGUUCACCCAUUUACUGCAGAGGGUCCCUUGAUUAUGGGAACAUCGUGAACUCAUUUUCUCUCCCAUAUAUAGCAUGCCACGGAAUUGUUAAUAAAGAUGAAUUUUAGUUGAAUGCUAUAUUUUGUUUUCACUGUAUAUUAUAAAAUUAUUGUAUAGUAUUACAUGUU